AUGAGAAUAAGUAAUAAAUUGUGCCCUAAURCCAUACUUAAAUGGAUUUCAAAAAACCACGAAAAAAAAGGAAUAGCAUCAUUAGCGUCUCUCUCAGAAACACAUCAAUUGUUGUACAAAACAUGCAGGGACUUUGCUGAAGGAGAACUUAAACCUAUAGCUGCAAAAACUGAUCGUGAAAAGUUGUUCCCUAAAAAACAGAUUGAAGAAAUGGGUGAAUUAGGCCUUAUGGCUGUUUGUAUUCCAGAAAAUGUUGGAGGGACGGGUCUUGAUUAUUUAUCUUAUGCUAUUGCUGCGGAACAAAUUUCUAGAUGCUGUGCUUCGGCUGGGACUAUUAUGGCCGUACACAACAUUUACGUCAAUGCUAUAAACAAUUUCGGUAACGACAAACAGAAAGAAGAAUUCCUACGACCAUUUACUGAUGGGAAGCAAAUAGGUUCAUUUUCUUUGAGCGAGCCAGGUACGUAA